GUUUCUUCGCGGGAAAACUUAAUUGCCUUGAAAAAGUCAUACGAUUUUCGUAUAAGUGUAGCAAGUAUUGUGUUAAUUGUUCGUUGUCAGUGUAUUUUAUUGAAUUCCUAAAAAAUAAAUUUUGAUCUAUCCGUUUAAAAAGGAAUUUAAAGAAAUUGUUUUGUACAUUAAUUACCGUAUAUAAAGAAGUGAAACAUUUAAAUUAUUCGACAAAACAAAAUUUUUAAUAUUCUCUGCUAGUAUUACUUUGUGAAGUAUUAAAUAAAAAUAGAUAACAGCAGGAACUAUAAUUGAAUUUGUUACGGAGAUAAGUAUUUCAAGUGACACGCGUAAAAAGCGUUAUAGUGGAAGCCGCAUGGUUUGCGAUGGUCGCGCAAUGCUGUGCCUCGAGUCCCUGGUGACAAGGUGGCGUGAACGUGGUGAACGGAGUGAGGCGAGGCGAACCCGUUCGCGUAGCCUAUGCUCAUCAGCAGCCGAUGGCAGCCUCCUGCAACUGCUGCAAAGACGAGCCAGUAGUGCCAUCUCAUCAGCGAGCGAGCUAAUCUCCCGACGUGGUGUUUUCUCACGGCGGCAAUAUGGCUCUGUGGAACAGUUAUCCGCAACAGCUGGAGAGAUCAGUGGGGCGGUGGACACGAUCAUCCGCCGAUAUCGACUUGAAAACGGGAAUUCACUUGGCGAGAAGGAUGAGUUAUUUGGACCACCAAGUGCUCCGGUACUCGAGAACCCUGAAUUUCAAACGCGGUGGUACUUCAAAUAUUUUCUCGGAAAAAUGCAUCAAAACUACAUUGGAGUAGAUGGCGCACGUGAACCAUAUCUUCUGAGCGUUGUACAGGAAGGGGCUGGACUUUUACGAGCAAUUCUCUUUAAUAAAAUGGGCGCACACAAAAUUUAUUUACCGGCGAGUGCUUGGAGUGGUGGAGGAGGCCAAACCCCAACAAGGCCGACCCUUAAACAGAUCCUAUCGCAGUUCACAGCCAUUGAGAAAAUCGAUAAAAUGCCCAGAGAGAUCACGUGCCCGGAACUACAAAAGGACAUAUUGUUACUUGAAGAACAGGAGGGGUCUGUGAAUUUCAAGAUUGGUGUCGUUAUAAUGAACCCCGGCCAGAGGACUGACGACGAAAUGCUGUCUAAUGAAAAAGGUAACGCGAAAUGGGACAAAUUUAUUUCACUUUUGGGCGACAAGAUUCGAUUAAGAGGCUGGAACCGAUUUCGCGGAGGCUUGGAUGUCAAAGGUGACAUGACAGGCAGCCAUUCCAUUUACACGAUGCACCAAGGGCAUGAAAUUAUGUUUCAUGUAUCAACAAUGUUGCCGUUUUCUAAGGACAAUAAACAACAGUUGGAGAGGAAGCGGCAUAUUGGGAAUGAUAUUGUCAACAUAGUGUUCACUGACGAUGCCGCACACAACACUUUCAACCCCCAAUGUGUGAAGAGCCACUUUACACAUAUAUUUGCCGUAGUAUCUGAGGUGGAGGGUGAAGGGUACAGGCUUAGCGUGUACACAGAUGACACGGUGCCCCCGUUUGGCCCCUCACUCCCUUGCCCACCGAUAUUCAGCGACCCCCAGCUCUUUAGGGAAUUCCUUUUGGUAAAACUAAUGAAUGGAGAGAAGGCUGCGUUUCAAACGCCAACGUUCGCUCUAAAGAGACAAAGAACAUUGGACACGUUAAUUAGAGAUAUUUAUGCAGAACAUUGUUCCGAUCACAAAGUGCCAAUGUUAUCUCGGCGUGCCCUAUCAGACGUGUGGUCAGGCGGAGCAGGGGCAGGAGGCGCGGGCGCAGCACGUACCGAGCGAUUUCUUCACGUAGGGCAGGCACUUAAGCUGGAUGCUGUGUUAAGAGGCGAUGCACCUACCAGCCUUGUGUCUACCGGCUCUGGGGGUUCCCGAAGAGCGCCUUGGGAGGGAAGGUUAUGGCGCGCGGCUCCACUUCCCGCCACCCCUGUCUGCGCUGAGCAACUUGAUGAAAGCCGAGUGCUCCUCUCUACUACAUCGAAUACUUAUAUUUUAGAAGAAAGUGGCACCACAAGAGUGGUACUACGUUGGGAAGGGUGUGUCCGAUCCGCAAGGAUAACAGAACGCGCUGGCCUAUUCCGAGUGGGAGCCAGAGCUACCUCAGGCGGGGGUUCCACUACAGGCGGUGCGGGGGGUGCGGGGUUAUAUGCCUUACCAAUACAUGAACUAUGUGCUGGGGCUUGGGCCAUGCGACCAUUGCAAGAUUGCAAACACGCGAGACUUCCUCGUACUAAGACUGCACAUUUCUUUGAUAUACUAGAACAAGGUGAAAAUGGGAAAACUUUAUUAGCGGUAGCAAUAGGAAGAAGAAUUCUACUUUUAGUUGAAGAGCCUAAGACUGAACAUGAGAUGGGCUUUGAAUAUACUCAUGUCAAGGAUAUUCAACUGAGUGAAACUCCAGUAUUAUUAAAGUUAAUGGACGGCGAACUUCCUGUCACAGUUGUGGGCUACAAACAUCAUUGGGAGGUGCUGGAGACUAGUACAGGCCAGACAGUGAAACGAGUUGAUGGUAGCGAAGAAAGCGGCCCCCGUCGCGGCGCUCUUGUUAACGCCUUAAGAAUUGGUGACGAUAGAGAUGUACAACUAUUACUAUGCUAUAAUCACACAUGUCACUUCGAGCGCUUGACAACUAAAGGCUUGGAGAGCGACAGCGAAUACGACUUCCAUUGGACCACUGUUCCUACAGCCGUUGUGUGUGCGUUUCCCUACAUAAUGGCGUUCGCAGAAGAUUUGUUAGAGAUUCGUUUGGUGGCGAACGGAUCUUUGGUCCACGCAGCUUGCAUCCCAGGCCUUAAAAUUCUAUGUGGAAAAAAGGACAUAUUCUACGUGGCAUGUGCCCCUGAAUACGUCCCCUUGGGCCGUGAUAUAGACCCAUGUCUCGGCAGACACGAAAACUACGAGCUGGUGAGGCAGAUGAGCAAAUGUGGUCCUUACUCAAUAGACGACGACGAUGAUUACAAAAACGACCAAGCGAACAGGACACCGGAAAACAAUUCAGCGUCAAGCAGAAGCAGCUCCAUAUCAUCAGAACAGGAGAAUAUUCGUCCGCCACUUCAUAGAAUGACGCCCAUAUCUCCACCCACAUCACCUCAAGAGAACAGCGGUCGUUGUGUGCGAAUUUACAAAAUUCCGCAGAGCAACCUAAGCGCGGCCACUUACCAGCGACAGUCAGUGUCGGCCGACCACGUCGUCACUUCAUACUUCUCUGACAGGCCAAAUAGCAUAAGACAGAAAUUGGCAGAACUGCGAUGGGACAGCAAAUCACGUGGUGGUGGCGAAGAAGACACCGUUCAUAAUUCGCAGUAAAUAAACGUGUUAUUAAUGUAGUGUUAACCUCUAGUUUCAAAUUGUACUGAAGUGGUGAUAAAUCAUGUAAUAUUUGAGGUUACCCGCACAACUGAUACAAAUGUUUAAAAUUAGCUUACCGUCAAUGUUUAAUUUAUAAAGAGUUAUAUAUAUUUUUCACUUUAAAAAUCUGAGUUUGCUUCCUCACUGGGAUAUCCUAGAAACGACAACAAAACGAUUUUUUUGAUAACACAGAUUUGGUCCUUAUUUAAAAAUAUCUACAACUUACGUCGUUGUAUUUUAUAAUAAUAAAGUUGUUGAUAUUGAUUGCGACAGAUUACGCGACUAAUCCUAGUCGAAAUCGAAAUAGACACAGAAAUG